AUGUCCAGUUUCAGUGUAGCUAAUAUAUGUCCCUGUGGAUUCUUCACAUAUUUGGUGAUGUUCUCUUUUUACGUUUCUGUAACGUCCUCAGUGAGCCUGGACUUGAGUGAACUAAGAAACAAAGUCGCAAAGAUCAAAGUUAACCCAAGAGGAAAUUUAUGGGCAACAGGUCAUUUUAUGGGGAAGAAAAGUGUUAAGGACACCCAACUAUUUCCGAUCAAGGAUGCCGCUGCGAUGAAUGCAAUUGAAGCAGCACUGAAUCCUCAACAGGUCGAACCCAUCGACAUCUACGAUGAAAUACUGAAGAUCGCGCUUCAGACACACAUCGACUCGCAAGAGAUCAUCCCCAAAGUUCGGGAGACUGCGUUGUUAAUGAAGAUAUUAAGCAACUACAUCGAAGGCAACAGAAAAUGAUGAUGUCCAUCAGCUGAAAUGUGCUUCAAUCAUAUGGAGAUUCUCACUCUAUUGCAUCGAUUGUAAUUUGUUAAAGAAUACACCUGUUUACCAUAACCAAGUCGAGAAAAUG